GUGGAAGCGUGCGCAAAAUGGCGGCGUCGGCGUCGCGACGGUAGGCGUCACGGUGGCCGUUAUCGAACAGCUGUUUCCAAAAUGGUUUAGUCGUGCGGCGAUGAGUGUGUGCGAAAAUGAGGAGACAACAACAACAGAGUCAAUCGCAAUUGCAAAUCGAACAUAGCGAUGAUGACUGCACUUCUUCGCAAUCCCAGAUUUUGGAGCGCGUGCAAUCGGACCGAGUGACGGUAACCAAGCCGGAAGAGGAUCGUCGAAGACGUACCAUCAUCGUUGAGAAGAAGAAUGGUUCGUACGGUUUCACUCUUCAAAGCUACGGAAUCCACUACAAGAAGGAGCAAGAAAUCGAAAUGAUCACUUAUGUGGACUAUGUGGACUACGAUGGGCCCGCUUACAGGGCCGGUAUGAGGGAGGGCGAUGUCAUUUUAUCCAUCAAUGGCACUGAUAUGGAGAAGGCGGAUCACAAGACUUUGGUUAAUUUUAUCAAAAAUUGUGACACCAGGAUGAGGAUGGUGGUGCUGUUUGAGGACUGUGUUCGGAAGGUGGAGUUGCAUAUGCGUUAUAUCCAACUUCAACGCGUCCUCCAGAGCAAAAUGUCGGAAUUGGAGAAGUUGUGUAUUCGCGAAAGACAGCUUUUGGAGGGUAAAUGGAAGACGCAUAGUCUGCCAGCACGGAAGAAGGCUUCGCAAAGUGGGAAUAAUGGGGAUCCCCCGACUCCCACUCAAGCCGCGUACUCGUAUUGUAGACCGACUGUGUCGACGGAAGAUGUGGCAAAAGUCCAACAAAAACAGCAAAAUCCUCCUUUGAUAUUCGCUUAUCAGUACUUAGACCCCCAUUAUCGGUAUAUGCUCCAGCCUUCGGCCUCCAGUAGUGGCGAAUAUUUGCUAACUCUCGAACCCUCGCGCUACCGCGGAGACCAACACCAUUUUAUCGUCAAAACACCAUGUGAUGUGCCCCAGAAGCAAAAUCGGGGGAACCAAACCCACGGGAAUGGGGGGGAAAAACCGAAAAAGGUCCAGACUGGACACUUGUGCAACCCUUGUAUGCAGUCUGGGAAUAACGCCGAUAACACCAGUCUGGAAGCUUACGAUUUGGCAAGUCCUUGCUGUGAUCCUCACUGUGUGCCAUCAAGUCGUCGCCGUUCGCGCAAAGACCACAGAAAGAGAGAUUCAAAGACUGAGGAAACCCAAACUGACCCUCAACAACAACGAUCUCGACCACAUUCCACCACACAACAGAAUUUCUCCGUUCCGAGGAGAUACUUCCAUUUCGGGACUGGUCUAGUCAGCCAAUGCAGUCUUCACUCGUGCACCUCCAGCGAAUUGAGCGCUGUGGCCCCCACCACCAUGGGGGAGAGCUCCACCAGCUACACCACCUCCUUGAGCACUGACACGCUCUACUGGGACGAAAUGAGCGCCUCGAGGCAGAUGAGCGUUAAAUCAGCCUCCAAACAUGACCAUCAACAAAGAUACACCCAGACGCAUUCUCAUGACCCAGUUUACGUCCAGUACACCACCGUGAAGCCCAAAUCGUGGGACAACCUCACCACUAAGGCCUUUGGGGGCUACGGUUUUGGUUACGGCUACUUGGACACCAAGUGUCCCAAAAGCCGCUCUCAGAAAAAUCAAAGUACUCAGUACGUCCGUGUGGACAAACACAACCAACCACAAUACACCCCUCACACCCAUCGAAGGUACUUCCAACCCAACAAAUCCACCGAGAGUCUUCUUUCCGUACCCAAGUACUCCAACGAGGCCCUUUCGGACUCCAAUGAGUGUCUUGAGGGUUCUUCGCCCGGUCAUGACACUUCCGAGACGCGAUUUUUUCAAAGUCCGAGACAGAGUAUCAGCGUGAGUCCCACCGACCCUAAUUUUGGGUACUACAGCGCGAGGAGGCCCUCCAAAAAUGUUGUAUCGACUAGUUCGGAGGCCACGAGGUUGUAAUCCAAUUUUGAUAUUCUUAUUGUAAUAUUCUCGGCACUUGCUUCAAUCAAAACUUUUUUUUAUGAAUUCUGAAUUAAUGUGAUAUUAGUUACUUAAACAUACCAAAGUAAUGUGUGCGAAAUAUGUGUUUUUUAUAUCAACUAUUUUGUUUUUAUUAUUUCAUUGUAUUUUUUUAAGUUUUAUUAAUUCACAUGAACGAAGUUGACAAUAAAUUUUGUUAAUUGUAGCAGAUUUUUUUAAGUAAGUUUUUUAUACAGUUUAUUCACAUCAUUUGUAGAUGUUUUGACAUCAAAAAAUUGCUUCUUCAGGACGAUUGUCAAUUUUAUAAUAAUAAAUUGUUGUUUUAUA